AUGUCGAAUUCUACGUAAGAAUCCGCUUUCCCGAAUUGAUAUCAAAUUUUGUACCACAAAAUAUUAACACUCUCGCAGUCAUAGUAAGACUACCGGCGAUAGUUUCGUCAUGUCUCCACGCAUCGCGCCGUCCGAGUCGAGGUAAGAAUCAUCCUUAAUUGCUUCUCAAUCAAAUUUUACAGGACAGAGGAACUAAUAGCUAUGCAGUGGAACCACCGCCGAAAGCUCAUCCAUAUAUGCUGACAACCAAGCCGCGAUCGAAAGAUGGGCUUUCAGCAGGGCAAGAACUGAAAAAGAGCAUGCUGCAUUCAGGGAACAAAUCCUAUUUCAAUCCGCCGAUUUUCACCAAUUUCUCUCCGACUCGGCCAAGUCGUCCCCUGAAAUCGCGGUACCCUCUCCAACCUGGGAGAAAAUCCCUUUUCCUGUACCAGUUCGAACUCCAACCAUUGUGGACGAUACAGAGAAUCAACACUUGGAAAUGAAUAACAGCCUCAACGAGAUCCAAGAAGUUCCCCGUCGUCGAGCUACGCCAAUUGACUUCGGCAGUCAACUCCAGCAGCGUCCUAGAGGUCUUGCAGUACAGAAUCUUCCUUUCGAUCGCGAUUCUUUUGAUGGAGGAAUUGGAGCCUUCGAAAUGCGAUCUAUUCUACAUAGUGACCAUGAUGCUCAAUCUACCAAUCGAGAGACAAUGAUUAGAGUUGGUGCUGUCUUUGAGGUAUCCGGCGGCUCACGAGACCUUUGCUCUUCUUCUCUUACCAGAGCUUCUGAUAUGGCUACUGUGAGUUACAUAGCCAGUUGCUGUCGAGGGCCUCUAAACUGAUGUGGUACUGUUGAUAGAACUCCUCUUUCGUCCACUAUAAUACCGAUGUGGGAGAAUUGGAUAGUUUAACUAAGGAUGAAGCUACUCGUGCUAUACUACCCCAAGAAAGGAAUGAGAAGAGGACCUGCAUGUCGAUACCUUUUGAGUGGAUUGGUCGCCAAGUUGGUAGAUUCUUCUAG